GUACUUGGAAGUAUCCUAGUUUGAAUGAUUUUGUUUGUUUAUAUGGAUUUCCAAAUGGAAAAGUCGGAUAACUUGUAAACUUACAGGUGCUGCGGGUAUUUUUUCAGAUAAAUUUUGAUACAUUGAGCGAUUUACUUUGAAAUUCACCGCCACUAGAUCACUUGAAUCAGUGAAUUGUGGGUAACAUAGCAAUGGUUAAAUACGACAUGGAGGACGCGGCUCGUACGUAGCUGAUUUAUCGUCGUGUCGAAGCCUUAAUUUAAUUGACAAGACGUGAACUAUUCGAUUUUUGUAAGACGAUCACGUAGUAUGUGCGUCGCUGGAUAAAAGUUGCCUCACGUUAUAGAAAAAAAGGCUGAAUUCGAGCGCAAGAAAUCGCAGGCAACGGAAAAUCCUGUAAAAUGGGCUUCGAAGUUCAUCGGUUUCAAGGCGAAGUCGACGAAGAACUUCUCUGUCCGAUUUGCUCCGGCGUUCUCGAGGAGCCAGUUCAGGCAAGUGAUAUGUUACAGGCCCAACUCUGUGAGCAUGCGUUUUGCCGAGUUUGUAUCAACGAGUGGAUCAACCGUCAACCAACCUGUCCUGUAGAUCGUGCUCCAAUAACCUCGGCACAGCUUAGACCUGUACCUAGAAUCUUGAGGAAUUUGCUUGCACGCUUAUGCAUUGGUUGCGACAACACAAUGUACGGAUGUCAAGCAGUUGUAAAACUAGACUGUCUAGCUUCUCAUCUCGAAGAAUGCGAGUAUAAUCCUAAACGGCCAAUGCCAUGCGAACAAGGCUGUGGACUUAUAAUUCCAAAAGAUGAGUUAAAAGGUCAUCACUGCGUUCGAGAACUUCGUAACCUUAUUCAGUCCCAACAACUAAAAUUAGCAGAGAUGAAAAGGGAACUAGGAGAACAACAGUUUCAGAUUAAUGACCAAAAACGUGAAAUACACUUAUUAAAGGACUUCAUGAGAGCAAUGAGGGUCUCGAAUCCUGCAAUGAGAGCAAUCGCCGAUCAAAUGGAACGUGACGAAGUUGUUAGAUGGUCAGCUACUUUGCCUAGAGCCAGAGUAACCAGGUGGGGAGGAAUGAUUUCAACACCUGACGGUCUCUUACAGGUAAAAACGGUGAUCAGAAGAACAUUAUCGGAAUAUAAUUGUCCACCACACGUUAUUGAUGAGUUGAUGGCAAAUUGUCACGAGAAAAAGUGGCCUCCUGGACUAAGAUCUUUAGAGACACGGCAAAGUUCUCGACGUCAAUAUGAAAAUUACAUUUGUAAGAGAGUACCUGGUAAACAAGCUGUAUUGGUGCUCCAUUGUGAUAACACCCAUAUGCCAGAAGACAUGAUGGUAGAACCUGGCUUAGUCAUGAUUUUCGCUCACGGUAUUGAAUGAACGAACUGAAACUUGACUCCACUGCCAAUAUUCCGAA